AUGGCUGACACCGCUUUUACUACGAUACUGGGUCCUCCUGGCAGUGAGGGCGACUUCAAAUACAAGAAGAGAAAGUUGAUUGGUACCGGAUCCUUUGGUGAAGCCUGGCUAGUUGAGCGAUCUUCAGAUGGGAAAAUCUUUGUAGCUAAGACAGUAGAUCUUAGCAGAAUGUCAUCUCGGGAUUGUAAUUAUGCGUACAGUGAAAUCAAGUGCUUGGCGAACAAUGACCAUCCCAACAUCAUCAAAUAUAUUGAAGAUCAUAAAGAAAAUGAUCAGCUUCUUAUCAUCAUGGAAUUUGCAGACUCAGGCGACUUGGACCGAGAAAUAAAGAGAAGAACCCUUGACCUUAAGUACUUCCAAGAGCAUGAGGCUCUCUUUCUUUUUAUCCAACUAUGUUUAAGCAUCGAUCACAUCCACAGUCGCAAAAUGCUUCAUCGCGACAUCAAGUCCGCAAACGUGCUUUUGACAUCAACAGGGCUUAUCAAGCUGGGUGAUUUUGGUUUUAGCCACCAGUACGAUGAUACGGUUUCUGGUGUUGUGGCGAAUACCUUUUGUGGGACACCCUAUUGUCUUGCACCUGAACUUUGGAGCAACCAAAGGUACAGUAAGAAGGCAGAUAUAUGGUCUAUGGGUGUCGUCUUGUAUGAGAUAAUGGCUUUGAAAAGGCCGUUUAAUUCCACUAACAUGAAGGGCCUUAUGGCGAAGAUACUUAAUGUAGACUAUGAUCCCCUUCCAGAUAAUUUUUCUCAGGAGUUCAGAGAUGUAGUGCGUCGAAUUCUUGUGAGUGAUGCUAGUGAGCGCCCUACUGUCCGCGAUAUCUUUACGUUUCCUUACAUUCGUGAAGGCCUCAAGGUCUUUAUGCACACCGUCAAGAGGAACUCGCGCAUUGCGGAUCUUGUGAAGGAGGCCUUGAUUGCGCACGUAAGGGAAAUUCUUUCAUCCCAAAGCCUAGAGGAGGGAGCAGGUUCUAAAGGCGCUGAGGAUACCCAUAUUAACAUGGACAUCACGUUUACAGGCUACGUUAGGAAAAUUAAAGGUGGUGACCCAUAUCAUUCCUGGAAAAGACGCUACCUGCAGAUUCAAAAACGAUGCCUCAUCUUGUCUGACUCGGAGGCGGACACGGAAGGGAAGGCACUAGGCUUGGAACAGAUACAAAGUCUGUGUCCUGUUCCACCUAGCAUUUGCAGGAGGAAUUUUGUGUUUGCCCUUAACACUACCGGAGGAAAGUCGAUGUGGUUUGAGGCUACUUCUCAGCAAAAUAUGGAAGACUGGGUUAAUACGCUGAAAAGGUGCCUUAGUGCUGCAUAA